AUGGUGGCUUCGACGACCGAGCCUCCGGGUGCUCCUCCUGACGACGACCCGCCCAGUGUGGCAUCUCAUGACGACGGAGGUUGGACCCGACAACCGAGCGACAGUUCUCCGUGGGGCAACUGGCAGCGGGAUUACUACGGUCAAUAUAACUCUGGUUGGGAUUCUUGGGAGGAUCAUCGCUGGAGUUCGGGUGAUCGUUGGUCUUGGCAGCCUUGGGGUUACUACAACAACUACCGUAGUGCCCAGCAACAUCCUGGAUCAUGGGGAGAUUAUGAUUCCUGGAACCAGUAUAGCAGCUCUGGCGAUCCAGAGCAACCUACACAGCGCGAGCAAGAUGAGAAUUCCGAAGACCCGCCUGCUUCGAGCGACCCCUCAAACCCGGAUGAAAGCUCACAGGAUGUGCGGAGACCUUCAACCACUACCCAGGAGAGCACCGAUGCGACGAGGACUCCUUUGAGGCAAAGCCGUGACAGUGGCUCGGUGACCUCAGAGACUUCUGGGAAGGCUGAUUCGAAGGGCUCUUUCAGUGAGAAGAUGGCGGUUCCUACUUUCGGGGCGACUGGAAGUGGGGAUGAUUUGGGUGUUUCAGCUAGAUCAUAUCUACGACAAAUCGAAGCCUGGAGCAAAGUUACACGCACCGCUCCAGCCCAGCAAGCUCUUCUUCUCUAUCAGAAUCUUAGUGGUCGUGCUUGGGUUGAAUCAGAGGAAUUGAACGUCGAGGACCUAGCGAGUGAACGUGGGUUGCAGAUCUUCAAGUCAUGGGUUCGUGAACGGUAUCAAGAAGUCGAAGUGAGCCGCAUUGCUGAAGCAUUGACUCUUUUCUUCAAGAAGAUGAAACGCCAAAGCGGUCAGUCGAUCAGGGAAUUCAAUUCGGUCUUUGAUCGGAGUCAUUCGCGACUCCUGGAAAUCGACUGCAAGCUCCCAGAAGUCGCCCGUGCCUGGGCGUACCUCAACGCACUGGGCCUCAGCAACACAGAGGAGUUAUCUCUCCUAGCUUCUGUUGGAAAUGACUACAGCACUGCUAAGCUUCAGAAGGCAGCCAUUCUCCAUGAAAAGUCGCUUCGCGGGCCUUGGGUUCCUAAGCCGAAGGGUGAAGGCAAAGGUGCGAAGAGUGCAUUCUACACGGGAGUUGAUGACGAAGAGGGACUGAAGGGCAUCGAAGAAGAGGACAGUUCGGAGGCCUACAUUUCUGAAGAAGUUGCUGUUGAACUUCAUGAAGCGUUCGUUGCACAGGAGUCAGCCAAGGCUCGCUACAGAGAUGUUGUGAAGGCCCGAGGAAUUGACCCUGAGACCCUUAAGAAGAAAAGUGGCGAUGAGGUGACCCGCCAACAGAUCGAUGACCGCCUUGCUCAGGCAAAACUUCGCAGCUACUGUGCAGGCUGUGGCAGACGCGGACAUUGGCACAAAGAUCCUGAAUGUCCAUUGAACAAGAAUGGAAACCCAGCUUCGAAACCCAAGACCGCCCAGGACCACCAAGCGCAUGCGACCUCGGUCUCUUCAGAUGCUCCGGCUAGCAUUGUCGAAGUUGCGUAUAUGGUUGGGGAUCUUGGUGGUGAUCGUCUUCUUGCAAUCACUGACACAGCAUGUUCGAAGUCGGUGAUGGGACAGGGUUGGUUGGAGUCCUACGUUCGCCUGGCUAAAGAUGUUGGCGUUGAAGUCCAAUUCCUGGAUUGCCACGAUGACUUCAGGUUCGGAGCUUCGAAGCUGUUCCACGCUAGUUUUUCUGCUACAAUCAUGAUCCAGAUUCGCAACCGGGUGUUCAUGCUGAAGGCUUCUGUGGUGCAGGGAGAAGUGCCACUUCUCAUGAGCCGUAACGCGCUGAGCAAGCUUGGGAUGGUUUAUGAUUUGGAAGAACAUUCGGCACAGUUUAAAAAGCUCGGGAUUGACAAGUACAUGUUGCUCACGACGGACAGCGGCCAUCCGGCGAUCCCUGUGUCACCCAAACGUGUUCCGGGAUUGAAGUGGCCUACGCCCCAACAGUGGGCUGGCUCUGAGGUGAUCAUCGUUCCUUCAGCUGAGUCGCAAUACAUGUCAUACAUGGUCAGUGCUGUCGAAGGGGAUGCGAGUGUUCCGGUUGAUCCGACUACCAGACGCGAACCAUUGAACAAGAACCCCGACCCUACUCCAGGACUCAAUCUUUUCCACCCGAAGAAGAUCAACGACUGCGUACGCAAUCUACUUUGUGCAGAGCCUCUCAAUGUGCAGUCAUUCGCUACCUGGUGGAGUCAGACUCCAAUCUCCAAGGAUUUCUGGAUUGAGACCCCCAACUCCUUCAUUAGGAUUCAUGUGAUUCCCCGUCGAGGAUUCUUCGACCCGACAAAGUGGAUCACUUCGCAAUCGGAAUCUCAUGCAGUACACUUGAUGGAUUGGGCACAGCGCAUGAUCUCUGGCAUGAUCACCUUGAUGCCCUUCAUCCAGUUCUUUGGGUCGGCAGGUCAGUCUUCUCUCGAGCCACUGCUAGGGCCCCUCUCUUCGGUAGUCCCGCGGUCGUCCCUGCUCCAGAAGUUCCUGAUGUCCUCUUCCAGCGCCCCGGUGAAUGUGUGGAAAAUGAACAAGACGGAACUGAUGGCAGAGGCAAUGCGCCUGAAUCUCACGGUUCAUACGACUUGGUCUGUGGGAGAAAUCAGACAGGUGAUCACGGACCACAAGCGGGAAUCCGGGGAAUCGUCAAUCCCGAAAGGGCUUGCAUCGAUGACGCUCGAUCAGUUGAAGGCCCAAGCCGUGGAGUACCAGAUCGAAAUCCCGACCAAGCCGACGAAGGGCCAGCUCCAGAUGCUCAUCCGGGACGCGGCCACGCGCAACAAGGCGGAGGCACUCGUCACUUUUGGACGACACCGAGGAAAGUUGUUCAAGGAAGUGCCAUCCCAGUACCUGGAUUGGGCGAUGAAGGAGGUCGAGGCCCGGGGAGUCGAGAACUCAGGGCCGGAUCUUGUGAGCUUGGCAAACUACGCCAGGAGUCUCAUGGAGCCCGAGGAGACGAUCACCUACAAUCCGGAGGCCGAUGCGAGGGUUCCUCUUCCCUCGGAGGACGGAUCCAGCUGGGAGACCCAUUGGUCGGAGUUGACAGAGACGGGCAAGAUGAUGAAUGCAGGAAUGGGCUACGGAGCGAAGGCGAUGGCCAGACCUACGGAACAGCUCCCGAAGGCCGCUCCGAUGAAGAGGAUGACAGACGAGACGGUGAAGGGGCAAAAGCCUAUGGAGCAGGAGGUCCCGUCGGAGGUGCGAGAGGAGAUCGAUGCAUUGAUGAGCCGCCUUGCAGCCUUGAAGGCGGACUCCCCUGAGAUCUUCUAUGAGGCUCGUGAAGACAUACCCGGUGCAGAUGCCAUUGGGAACUCCGUUGAACAUUUUGCAAAAGACCGCCUUGCGCAGAAGGACUUCACCUUCAGCACUUGUGAGAAAAUCGUCCGAGCGGUUUGUCAAAGAGCUCAGAAUCUACGAAAGAGGAAAAUCAACCAGGGCACCGACAGUAUUGCACUAGGGGGUUACUCGCAUGGGAACCACUAUGGCAUCAUUCAGAAGACUUACGCUUUCCAUCAGACCACAAAGUACAUCAAUGCAUUCAUGAAGACCCACGGGGCGCACGGUACCCGUUGCUGGACGAUUGCGUUCGGUGACUACAGUGGUGGACGUUUGUGGCUUCAAAGUGAUCCCGAUGCUAAGGUUGACGGACCCUCCGACUUCCAGAACGUCAAGCUCUCGGAUGGGACUGAGGCAAUCGGUGACCGAUGCUCAAUCGUCGCCUACACGACCCGCGGUGUGCAACACCUCUCAAGGAAAUCCUUGUGGAAAGGUGCGCAGAGGGCUAGUGCUUUCCUCACUCUCGGGUUGGCUGCUGCUUCCUCGUUCCUGAGCGAAUACAUGCCCUCAGGAAAGGCGGUUGAACAAGCAUGCGUUUUCGAGAUUGGUGGCACUAACAUCACCUACCAGAUGACCGAGGCAGGAGCGCACGUCGUGGAGCCUAUCUCCUGGGAAGAGUAUCUUGAUAGUGACCUCAAGUUCGAUGUGCAUCAGACCAUCCAGACGUUGAAACCCAAUGUAGUUUGGUUCCAAGGUGAGAGGGAGUUUAUUCAACGUGGAGACCGGGUGUUACAAACCAUUGACUACCAGCUUGGAUGUGGUGGUUCCGUGGUGCUUCAAGGACUCUUUUACGAUCCGAUUUGGAACAUGGUGAACUUCGAACUCUACGACUUGGGCAUGUCCCAACACUACCCGACCAAGGAGACGAAUCAGUACAUGAAGGGGUUCGGGAGGGAUUUGUGGCUUCGCACAACAGACGCAAUCACAUUGAUCAUGAAGGCGCUUCAGCGAUUCACUUUGACGGCGACGCACCUCAGAUAUGCUGGAGCUGACGAGGGAGUACUCAAGGCUUGCAAGAAGAUGCGUUGCGAAGUCUGUGCCCGGAAUCAAGCCACACAAGUCGCUCGGCCAGCCACUCUUCCUUCUCUACUUGAUAUGAAUCAACUGGUCAGCGUUGAUGUGUUUCAUGUUUUCGAUGCAAACCGAGUUCGACAUGAAUUCCUGUCCGUCAUCGAUCAUGCUACCACCUUCCACUUGGUCUGUGAACUCGAGGGGCAUUCCGCUGAGGCUUUUUGUCGAAGUUUUACACAGUUGUGGGGAAACACUUUUGGAGCACCGGGAACGAUUUCAGCUGAUCUUGAAACAGGUCUUCAAGGGGGAAUCACAAAGUACGCCGAGUUCUUCGGAAGCAAUCUGCGCAGUUCGGCAGGCCAGGCACAUUGGCAACAGGGUGUUGUAGAGCGACACGGACUCUGGUACCAGGAAAUACUACGACGUGUCAUCGACGAGAAAUCAAUCACCAGUGAAGAUAUGCCGUGUUUGGACGAGACCCAAGAUCACCAGAAGAAAUUUGUGGCGCUAACGACGAGGACGGCGGCGAAGAUGGCUUUCUUCCGUACUCAAGCGGACUCCAAGUUCCGGAAGGCCCUCAUUCAGAGGAGUAGGAUCAAGAGAGGGGGAUAUGCUGUUGGAGAGCUCGUCAGCUUUUACCGCAUAGAAAAGGUCGCCACCAAAAGGGGAUCCUGGCGUGGACCGGGAACAAUCAUCGGGUCUGAAGGCGGGAACUGGUGGGUAUCAUUUGGGGGUCGCUGUCAUCUCGUUGCGGAGGAGCACUUGAGACCAUCGACACCGGAGGAGGUCGGUGACAUCUUAUCCACCAAAGUCGCUAGAGAUGAUCUGGAAAAGCUGCUCAACCUUGAUCCCGACGAUCCCGACACCUAUGCCCCUUCCGAGGAUUACGAACCCUCCGAGAUGAAUGUUGAACAUGAUGGCGCUGAUCCCGGGCAAGAACUUCGCCCAGUCACCGAUGAGGAGAUGGUGGAGGAUAUGGACUUUGCACUAGAACUUGAGGGCGGUGAGUUGUUUCCAGAGCUGUUUGGUGAUGAAGGACAGACAGAACCCAGUAUGCCAGGGCAAGCCGAAGACAAACAAUUUCAGGAGCAUCUUGAUCACAGUGCCUUGAAACCAAUGGGGGUCGAAGAGUCUGAAGAGAUCCUUGCCAAGAUUGACCCAUCUCGCAUCCUCAACUCCCGUUUUGCGUAUCGGGAUAAACAUUGGUCUAGAAGGAAGAUCGACGCCUCCAUUCCGUGGAAGCACAAGGCAAGACUAGUGGUUUCCGGACACCGAGACCCUGAUGUGAAACACCUCGAAACCGACGCCCCCACCAUCAACCGCCUGACAAUCCUCACACUGCUUCAGGUUCUCGCAUGUCGAAGGCAAUCUGAUGACUGGGAGGCAUCAGCUGGCGAUAUCACCGCUGCCUUCUUGAACGGUGACGAUAUGGACCGCGAACUUUAUCUACGACAACCAAGGACCGGACUUAGAGGGCUUGAUCCAAGGCAACUUCUUAAAAUCACAAAAGGGGUGUUCGGAUUGCCCGAUAGCCCACGAAAGUGGUGGAAGCGACUCCGCAGAGACAUGCUGAACAUCCGUAUCCAGGUUGAUGGUGAGGAAUGCUUUUUCGAACAGAGCCCGCUCGACCCGUGUUUGUUCCAACUUGUUUCCGCCUUGAACAAGAAGCCGAAGGUCUAUGUUGGAGUCCACGUAGAUGAUCUACUGGUUGUCGGUCCUCGCAAUCUUUCGAAACUCGUGAGAGAUAGUCUAUCAGGUGUGUUUCCAGUCGAUGAUUGGGAAGUUGAUUCAUUCGACUACAUCGGAUCACACAUCCGAGUCUCCGUCGACGGCGUACAUGUCGAUCAAGAGGCUUAUGCGAGCUCCAGGUUAUUCGAAAUCAAGAUUGAAAAGGGGCAGGCCGACCUCGACCCGGCGACGGAGGAACAACGAAUCGACAAUCAGUCCCUGAUUGGCGCUCUGUCAUGGCUUAGUAGUCAAUCACGACCAGACUUGCAGUGCUCGGUUUCACUAGCACAGCAAUGCCAGAAGUAUCCCACUGUUGAGGACAUCAAAUUUACGAACAAGAUCGCCAAACGUGCAUGGGAACAUCGUCAGAAAGGGAUUUGGUUGCGCCCUUUGGAUCUAGAAUCACUUGAAUUCCUCGUGUACCAUGAUUCAGCUUGGGCUAACGCCCUCCUGGAAGGAGAAGACGGUUUCAUCUUGUCUCCCGAGGACCAUUCUGCUGGAAUUAUGACUGAUGGACCGUUUCAACACAAGGCGGAGGGGUAG